AUGGACAUCCCCUCCAGCAGUAACACUAGUUGCUCUGAUUUUGCUUUAUAUGACUUUCUGCCAUCGCUUCACAUCUCCUCCAGCAUUAGUGCUGGUUGCUUUGAUCUUGCUUUAGCUUUUCUAGACAAGUUUCCAACGACCUCGUAUCUCAGGGACCUGAAGGAUCAGGUAAGAUUAUUAAAAACCUUUUUCCUGUAUGUCAAAAUGUGUAGGAGGAGGAGGAGGAACCAAGAAGCGCUUUUGGAGCAUGAUCAGGAGCACAAGGAUAAUACCAUGUCUGAAAGUUGUAGACGUAGUAUUAUUUGCUUCAGAAUUCAAGAUGUGGUUAUCAGGAUGGUUCAUGAUCUUCUAUACAAACAUUCUAGUGAGUCAGAUCAUGACAUCUUAGCAAGUCCGGUGACCAGAUCCCUGGAAAAUAUCAUAGUUUUUCUUGAGACUGAUGUCAAGAAAUCAUGCAGCAUCAUCUUCUUCGACUAUUACUUAUUGUGUCCACGAGCAGUCAUGGAUCUUAUUGUGUCCCUUUUACAGGCUCUGGAACACUUCUUUUACGAUUUACCUGGGAAGCCAAUGGAUGCCAUUAGACAGAAGCUAAUGCUCUUAAGGAAUCUCAUUGGCUUUGCGACAAUGCGAGGUGUUGAGUCUAUGCAACUGACAGAUCUCUUCAGUCAAGUUGCAGCUGUGGCUGCACGCCUAUUUUCUGUAUGUCAGUUUGACGGAUAUGAUAUCCGAGUGGUCAAUCAAAUGAAAUCAGAAAUUUCUCAGCUGAUACAUAAGAAGAUAAAUCCUUCUGAUCCUCAAGUCCGAGAAACUUACAUAGAUGUCUUGACAGCUUCAAAGAAACAAUCAAGAUCAUCAUGUGCUUUAGCCCUUGAGGAGAGUGAGUGUCCAGUUGCAGUUCAAUUUAUGGAGUCUCUCCACGAUUAUCUUAUGGAUCUACCAGGAUAUCAUGCCAGUUUUCAGGUUCCAGUUAAGGAUCAUAUUCUAAAACUCCAUCAGGGAAUAAGGUACUUGCGUACCCUUCUCAAACAGGCGGAGAAACUAGAUGAUGAAAUAAAGGAUCUUCUUGGAUUUGCGGUCUGUGAUGCAGGAAUUCUGAUCUUCUCCCUUUCUGUCAAUGAAAUCAAAGAAGGCUUGCCCAGGGAAACAUAUCUUAGGCUGUUUCAUUUGCACAAAGUUCUCAAGUAUAUGAUGGCAGAGCUUGCACACGAUUAUCCAGUAACAUCACCAUAUUCAUCAUUUAAUUAUUGUAGAUCCAAUGAGUUGGGCUAUAUGGAUUUUUUCCUAGAAGAUCUCCAGGAGCUAGCAAGGUGUGAUAAGGCUGAUGAUUCAAAUGUUUUCCUAUUGGAUAGAAUCCAAAUGGUCCACAAAAGUCUCGUAUUCUUGAGAUCUGUCCUUGAGAAUAUCAAGGAGCAGCGCUUUCAGAAUGAAAAACUCCAAGCUUUCUGGAGUUAUGUUAUGGAGGUUGCUUACAAGGCAGAGUUAUUGAUUAACUCGACACUUGUUGGUGAUGAAUAUGAAGAUUCUUUGGAUGCUAUAACUAGAGAUAUCAAUCUUCUGAAGAUUGAAGCCCUAGAGAUCCGCAAUGGUCAAACCCAGAGAGUUAACAAGAAUUCCAUUCUCAUUCCGUCACAACUUGCUGCCGCCAUACACAAUGAGGAUCUCGUGGGUCUCAACAACAAGGUGAAAAUUAUCACUGAUCGACUUACAAGAGGAUUAAAGCACUUGGAAGUUGUUCCCAUUGUGGGUAUGCCUGGGCUUGGUAAGACCACAUUAGCCGAUAAAGUUUAUAAUGCUUCUUCAGUUAGGUCACAUUUCCAUGUUCGUGGCUGGUGUUGUGUUUCUCAAACAUAUAGCAAGCAUAGUUUGUUUGUUCAACUUUUGUGUAGUAUUCAUUCUAAGAGUCCUAACGAGUAUCUUGAGAUGGAUGAAAAUGAUUUGGUUCAGAUACUAAAGCAAGAUUUGCUGAGAAAUACAUAUCUCCUCGUUUUGGACGACUUGUGGGAUGUUGAGGCAUGGAAUUUGUUGGAAAACUCAUUGCCGAAUGCUGUCAAUGGAAGUAGGAUUCUUUUCACCAGUAGAUUCCAGGAUUUGUCUUUGCAAUUCAAACCUGGUAGCAAUCCUUACCAUCUCAGCGAACUUACUGACGAAGAGAGUUGGACAUUGCUACAGAAAAAGCUAUUUGACAAAGAAGGUUGUCCUCCAGAACUAAGUGAAAUUGGAUAUCAAAUAGCAAAAUUUUGUAGGGGUUUACCCCUCACAGUUGUCCUUGUUGCUGGAAUUCUUGCUACUAUUGCACAAGAUAGCUGGGAAGAAGUUGCAAAAAGUCUAAGUUCUAUUGUCCUUCAGGAUGAAUACUGCAUGAAGACACUUGACCUGAGCUAUAGUCAUUUACCGGAUAAUUUGAAGCCCUGCCUUCUAUACUUUGCUGCAUUUCAAGAAGAUCAGGUUAUUAAUGUCCAAAGGUUGCUAUGGCUUUGGAUCUCUGAAGGAUUUGUGCAACAGACUGAAGAAAAGAGCUUGGAGGAAGCGGCUUAUGACUACUUGAUGAGUCUAAUUAAUAGAAGUUUAGUUAUGGUUACCAAAAAAGGAGCUAUGAAUGGUGCCAAAACCUGCAGACUUCAUGAUUUGGUACACGAGUUUUGUGUGAAAAAGGCCAAAGAAGAAAGUUUUCUACAUAUUAUUCAUAGUUGGAAAGACCCUUUUGGUCUUACUGGACCAAGCAAUCCCCACCGAAUUUGUGUUCAUAAUACUAGGGAAUCGAAGAUUUGGGAGAUAAUGCUAAAUUUUCCCAAUUUACGUUGUUUGCUCUUACUUGGAAAUCAAGAGGAGGAUUGGGGGAUUUUGUUACCUAAACUUCUUAGAGUGUUGGAUUUGGGGGUUUUGAAUUUUAGGAAAUCAUUUCCGAUGGAAGUAGUAUUGCUUGUUCACUUGAGAUACCUGGUGCUCAGUGGAAUAGGAUCCAUCCCAUCUACAAUAGACAACCUCUCAACGUUGAAAACUCUUAUCGUACCAAUGCCGCUUUCUUUUGUUCAGCUGCUGGAUACUAUUUGGAACAUUAAGACAUUGAAUUAUCUACGUACUCCAGGUAGCAUUCGUGGUUUCAUUUUUCCAGAUGGAAAUCUUGAAAUGUCCCCAGAUUUAGAUCAUUUAGACACUUUACACCUUGCAAUUGAUCCCUCCUCUCAAUGCUUGCAAAAGAUACUGAAAAAGUUACCAAGCAUCCGCUGGCUAAAAUGUAUAAGUCUCGGACCGAAUUGCAACAAGAUUCUUGUGUGUAACUGUUUGAAACUAGAAUCACUUCAUUUGGUGAAUUUUCGAAGCUUUGAAUUUCCGCUGAAUUUGAAGAAGUUGGUUCUCACACAGAGUACUCAGCCAUGGAGUGAAAUUUCAACAAUUGGAAAGUUGCCCAAUCUUGAAGUGCUUAAAUUACUUUCUCUCUCCUUUGUCGGGGAAGAAUGGGUAACGAAAGAAGGGGAGUUCCCUAGCCUCCGAGUCUUGAAAUUGUCAGACUUGGACAUUCGCAACUGGACUGCAUCUUCUGGUAAUUUUUCUCGUCUUGAGAAAUUGGUUGUGCACAGCUGUUGGAAUCUGGAGGAGGUCCUUUCUUGUUUAGGGGAAUGUCCGGCUCUGGAAAUGAUUGAGGUGGUAACUCGUCGUGAGUCUGUUGUAAAUUCUGUAGAGCAAAUUCGGCAAGAACAGAAGGAUAUGGGAAAUGAGAUCGUAAUUAGUAUGCAUCUUCCUCAGAAACAGUGCCCAUUUCCACACUUGACAAUGGUGAACCGUGUCCCAUUUUGA